AGGUGUCUUGCGUGGCUCCUCGGCGAGCUUCUUCUCUUCGCCCGAGGGAGAAGGCUCUCUCCUCGACGCGGUAUCCACCUUGCAGCGCUGAGUGUGGAGGGAGGGCGUGCGCAUGCGCCAGCCGGCCAGCCUCUGGACGCCUCGCUGUGCCAGGGGCCGUUCGGAGUUGGGGCUGCUCAGUUGGCUUUCUCCGCCCCUCCCCCCUCGCCCUCCCUCCCUCCCUCCCUCCCUUCUUCCCUCCCUCCCCUUCCCUUCCCCGCCCCUCUCCGGUCCAGCCGAAUUCUCUGGCUUCAGUACGCGUGCGCCCGGUCAGCUGCGGGGCGAGCGCGAGCUUGGGCUCGCACCCUGCUCCCCCUAACCCCGCCCGCUCUUUCCCUCGCCGCGGCCGCCGGCUCGGUGGGCUCGAGGGGAGACGCACGCACGCGCACAGGACUAGGCGACGAGCUCUCGAGACACCGAGGAGGGGAGUGAGCGGCGUCGGAGGAGGCAUUAGAGGAGGAGAUUGCUAUGGAAAUAUAUGACCACAUAAAAGGAAGUGUAUUCUGAGAAUUCUGAUACCUGAGAUGUAAGUGGACUGACUGAAGAGUGAAAGUUCAGUGCCAACCUUAGUUAUAAUGGCUACUGAUUCUGGGGAGCCAACUAGCACAGAAGAUUCUGAGAAACCUGAUGGGGUUUCCUUUGAAAACAGAGUUGCUCAGAUUGCUGUACCUCUGAUUGUAGAAGCUAGAAUGAAGGAAAAAACAAGCACCUUCUCUGCUGCCGGGGAAACCAUUGAAAGAAAGAGAUUUUUCCGAAAGAGCGUUGAGAUGACUGAAGAUGACAAAGUUGCUGAAUCUUCCCCUAGAGAUGAAAGAAUAAAGGCUGCAACAAACAUUUCAAGAGUAGAUAAGCUUCCUACCAAUGUGCUGAGAGGUGGACAAGAAGUUAAAUAUGAGCAGUGUUCAAAGGCAACCUCAGAAUCCUCAAAAGAUUGCAUCAAGGACAAAAAUGAAAAGGAAAUGGAAGAAGAAGCAGAAAUGAAGGCUGUAGCAACUUCCCCUAGUGGCAGGUUCCUGAAAUUUGAUAUAGAGCUGGGAAGAGGAGCAUUUAAGACAGUAUAUAAAGGACUGGACACUGAAACAUGGGUUGAAGUUGCUUGGUGUGAACUACAGGACCGCAAAUUAACUAAAGCUGAGCAGCAACGGUUCAAAGAAGAAGCAGAAAUGUUGAAAGGCCUCCAGCAUCCCAAUAUAGUUCGAUUUUAUGAUUCCUGGGAGUCUAUAUUAAAAGGAAAGAAAUGUAUUGUGUUAGUGACUGAACUAAUGACAUCAGGAACCUUAAAGACGUACUUAAAACGAUUUAAAGUCAUGAAGCCAAAGGUCUUAAGAAGUUGGUGCAGACAAAUUUUAAAAGGAUUGCAGUUCUUGCACACAAGGACCCCUCCUAUUAUUCACCGGGAUCUGAAGUGUGACAACAUUUUUAUCACAGGACCCACUGGAUCUGUGAAGAUUGGUGAUCUGGGACUUGCAACCUUAAUGCGCACAUCAUUUGCUAAGAGUGUCAUUGGCACUCCUGAGUUUAUGGCUCCAGAGAUGUAUGAAGAACACUAUGAUGAAUCUGUAGAUGUUUAUGCUUUUGGGAUGUGUAUGUUGGAAAUGGCUACUUCAGAGUAUCCAUAUUCCGAGUGCCAGAAUGCAGCUCAAAUAUACCGUAAAGUAACCAGUGGCAUAAAACCAGCCAGCUUCAAUAAAGUCACAGACCCUGAAGUAAAAGAAAUAAUUGAAGGAUGUAUUCGACAAAACAAAUCUGAAAGGUUAUCUAUCAAGGACCUACUAAAUCAUGCAUUCUUUGCUGAGGAUACUGGACUGAGGGUGGAGUUAGCAGAGGAAGAUGAUUGUUCAAAUUCAUCCCUGGCCCUAAGACUCUGGGUUGAAGAUCCUAAAAAAUUAAAAGGCAAGCAUAAAGACAAUGAAGCUAUUGAAUUCAGUUUCAAUUUAGAAACAGAUACACCCGAGGAAGUAGCAUAUGAAAUGGUCAAGUCUGGAUUCUUCCAUGAAAGUGAUUCUAAAGCUGUUGCUAAGUCCAUUAGGGACCGCGUGACACUGAUAAAAAAGAUAAGGGAAAAGAAGCCUGCUGGAUGCUUGGAGGAAUGCAGGGAUUCCCAGUGCAAGUAUGUGGGGAAUGUAUUUCCUCAGCAGCAGACCACAACUUUACCACCUGCUCCUGGUACACAGACUGUGGCUGAAUGUGAAGAAACAGAAGUUGAUCAGCAUGUUCGACAGCAAAAUCUACAGGGAAAACCACAGCAGCAGUGCUCCUCUGUAAGAGGUGAUACUUCAUCUGAGGCAGCAGCUGGACCAGUUCUACAUUCAGAUACUUCAAGUCUUCCCACUGUAGCCUAUUCUUCAAACCACACAACUAACUCUCAGGUAGUGUCUAGUAUCCUACAGACUGACAUAAGUUUUCAAGGGCAAAUCUAUUCUUCUCACCAACUACUAGGACAUUACCAGCAAAUUUCAGGGAUGAGGGAAUUACUACUCUAUUUUACAUAUUGGAGAGUUUAUCUAUUUUCUUCUAUUUACCAGUUGCAAGAACAGCCAAAGCUGACUGAGUCCCCAGUUUUGCCUGUGGUACAAGGUCAGUCUUCUGUUAUGCCCAUAUAUGCCGUUGGACAUGCAGUUGUUUCACAGUCUCAAAUUUCUCCAUUAACUAUCCAGAAGGUCUCACAGAUAAAGCCUGUGUCCCAACCAGUAGGAGCUGAACAACAAACAGCUCUUCAAAAUCCAGAUUUUGUUCGAAACUUGAAUCAAGAUGUGACAACUAUGAAAGAAAACACUAAUAACCCUGAUAACCCAAAUGGAAAUGGCAAACAGGAUCGGAUCAAACAGAGAAGAGCCUCCUGUCCCCGACCAGAGAAGGGGACUAAAUUUCAGCUUAUUGUCCUUCAGGUAUCAGUCUCUGGAGACAACAUGGUGGAGUGUCAACUAGAAACACACAACAACAAGAUGGUCACUUUCAAGUUUGAUGUCGAUGGUGAUGCACCUGAAGAUAUUGCAGACUAUAUGGUUGAAGAUAACUUUGUGCUGGAAAAUGAGAAAGAAAAAUUUGUAGAAGAAUUGAGGGCUAUUGUAGGUCAAGCCCAGGAGAUCCUUCAUGUCCACUCAGCUGCAGAAAAAUCUAUUGGUGUUGACUCUGUUGCCUUGGAAUCCAAUAGUAACCAAACAGGAUCAUCUGAACAAGUACUGAUAAAUUCUGCAUCCACUCAAACCAGCAAUGAAUCAGUUCCUCAGUCAUCCCCAGUUGGUCGGUGGCGGUUUUGUAUCAACCAAACUAUAAAACAUCGUGAGGCACAGUCUCCUCCUUCCCUUCAGCCUUCUGUGGCUACAGUUCCUGGGUUACAUCCAUUUUCUAGUUCAAGAAACACAAGUAAUCAGGAAAUAUCACAGGACACAUUGUUCACUAUAGAGAAUAAUCCAGGCCAGCAUGUAAUUUUCACCUCUAAAUCAGAACACAAGGAUGUGGUUGAUGGUAAUAUUUCUGAAUGUACUAGUGGAGAAACUGAGCAGCCAACUAUUCACUAUCAAGUGGAAGAUGACAGACAGAUAAGGGCACCAGCUACUACUGAUCAUUCCAAUGAUUCUGCUACUUUGGUAUGUCCAGUUUCAGUUGAAUGUGAGGCACUCACCAGCCAAGCAGGCAUGUUCAUACCUACCAAUCCAUGUCAGCAAGCUGCUGUUCUGGCUGAUGUGCUUCUGCCCCAUCCUGGUGAAUCGGUUCAGAUUGGUGAUAAUGUUGUUCUAACUUCAGCAUUUGUAUCUCCUGAUCAAAAGCCUCAACCAACUAUAGAUACAGAGUUCAUUUCCCAAGAAGUAGAAACCACAGUGAACACUGAAACAAGUUCUCCUAAGGCAGUCCUUGCCACUCAGACUCCUGGCUUUGAACCAGCUACACAUCUUCCUGCUACUGUCCUGGAAUCAGAUGGGGAACGACCUCCAAAAAUGGAGUUUGCAGACAAUCGAAUUAAAACGCUGGAUGAAAAAUUAAGAAACCUGCUCUAUCAGGAGCACAGCAUUUCUAGCAUUUAUCCUGAGAGUCAAAAGGAUACUCAAAGCAUAGACUCUCCAUUUUCUUCCUCUGCUGAAGAUAUACUAUCCUAUUCAAUGCCAGAAAUCAUACCUGUCAGUCACUGUGGGAUUCAAGAUAGUCCCACACAAUCUCCGAAUUUCCAACAGACAGGCUCUAAGAUUCCGUCCAAUGCAGCUGCAAGUCAGCCUGCUAAUAUAUCAGUGUUCAAAAGAGACUUGAAUGUGAUAACUUCUGUACCCAGCGAGUUAUGUUUACAUGAGAUGUCCUCAGAUGCUUCACUUCCAGGGGAUCCAGAGGCCUAUCCUGCUGCUGUGUCAAGCGAUGGAACCAUUCAUCUGCAGACAGGAGGUGGAUAUUUUGGCCUAAGCUUUACUUGUCCUAGUCUCAAAAAUCCUAUUAGCAGGAAAUCCUGGACUCGAAAAUUAAAAAGCUGGGCAUACAGGCUACGGCAGUCAACCAGCUUUUUCAAGAGAUCAAAAGUCCGUCAAGUGGAAACAGAAGAUAAAAGAUCAGCAAUUGCUUCUGAUCCCAUUCCUCUGCCACGGGAGUUCUCAGCUGAUACUAGGGCUUUGAGUAGAUGUAAAGCAGUGAGUGGAUCAUUUCAGCGGGGCCGCUUCCAGGUGAUUACAGUUCCUCAGCAGCAGUCAGUGAAAAUAAUGUCUUUUGGAAAAGAACACAGACCUCCAUUCAAGAAAACAACAGUCCAGUCCAGUGAACAAGCAGCAGCCUUUGCUGAAACUGUAGUAUCUCAGUUGAUCGAAGUGGAACCUGCCAUGCCCACUCCUAAAGCGUCAGAUUCUUCACGAAAGUUACGAACUCUUUAUGAAACUUUUAAAGAAGAUAAAAGAGAGCCUGAACAAGGUGACAUCUUCUCAUCUUUCAGCACAGCUUGUGAAACCAGUGUGUCUUCAGUGACUACAGAAAAGAACUUGGAAGAAACUUCAACUACAGGAAUCAGUGUGCAUUCUGGGUCUGAACUGUUAGAUAAAGAAACAGAGGAAUUGACUCCUGAGAAACAGCCAUAUGAAUUUUCGGCCCCUCUUGCUGGUAAUGGAAAAUCAGUGGCAAAAUCUGGUUCAAAGAGUGAUCAGUAUUUACCACUCAGUAAAGAGCAAGCCUAUGUUCAAACACAGAGUUCACUCUUCUAUUCUCCAUCUUCACCAAUGAGCAGUGAUGAUGAAUCAGAAAUUGAGGACGAGGACUUGAAAGUAGAGCUUCAAAGAUUACGUGAAAAACACAUUCAGGAGGUGGUCAAUCUUCAAACACAGCAGAAUAAAGAGCUGCAGGAGCUCUAUCAACGCCUUCGAGCAACUAAAGAUAGCAAAGUGCAAUCUUCAGAGAUUCCUUCAUCACCUGCUUCACCACGUCGGCCAAGAUCUUUCAAAAGUAAACUCCGAAGCCGCCCUCAAUCUUUGACACAUUCAGACAAUGUCAUUGUUGUAAAAGAUGCUCUGUGUGUGGAGAGUAAUACAGCGUCACGCCAACAAUCUUCAGCCAGUAAAAAGGGAAUGUUUACAGAUGAUUUACACAAGUUGGUGGAUGAUUGGACAAAGGAAACAGUAGGAAAUUUUCCUAGUAAGCCAAGUUUAAACCAACUCAAACAGAGCCAGCAAAAAUUAGAGACAGAAAACUGGAACAAAGUAUAUGAAAGUACUCCGUCUACUAUGGGCUACACAUCAACAUGGAUAUCUUCUCUCUCCCAAAUUCGUGGCGCUGUCCCAACUUCCUUACCACAAGGACUCCCACUGCCUUCAUUUCCUGGGCCAUUAUCAUCAUAUGGAAUGCCCCAUGUUUGUCAGUAUAAUGCUGUAGGGGCCACGGGGUAUCCAGUACAGUGGGUAGGAAUUUCGGGAACAGCACAGCAGUCUGUAGUGGUUCCUGCCCAAUCUGGGGGACUCUUCCAGCCCGGGAUGAAUUUGCAGGCAUUUCCAGCUUCACCAAUGCAGAAUCCGGCAUCAAUCCCUCCUGGUCCUAAGUGAAUCCAAAUAGAUACUGAAACAAGGGGAGAGGACUUCCAUCAAACACGUGUGAUACUAAACUUUCUUCUUGAGUUCUGCCAUAUUUUCUCUCAUUUGACCCCACUUUCAACUGUGUUUUUUGUUAUUCCAAUGUGAUAUUUGGUACAGCUCAUCAUUCUGUAGUAAUGUGCGCUUUGCACAUAGAAUACUACACACAGAAAUGUUUUUCACUUCAAAUCCUAUCCUCUUUGAUACUUGAUUUUUAAAAAAUACUGUUGAGAAUGCUUUAAUAAGCUCGGUUUGAGUGUUACCAUUUCCAGGACACUUUCAUGUGUUGCUGAGAAGCUCUCACCCCACUUUUUUAUGCUGCUACCAGCAGUUGUAUAAUACUUUUCUUUAAAGUGUGUAAAAACUAUGUAGAUUGGUUCUCCCCAAAUGUGGAUGAGGUAAGACUCUCCAAUCGCCAGUCUUAUGGGAUUUGUCAAAACUGUCUUGGGUUUACUUUUCACAGAAGGCAGUAAGUAACUGGCUGCAGGAAAUGUUUUGAUGUAUAACUUUAGUAUACUUUUGUCAAGCAGUACAGAACAUGAGUGUUUUUAAUGUGAUUUUCUUCCCGUCAUCACAGCAGUAGGAGUGAGGGGUUGUUUUAGGUGAGGCGGAGGGAAAGAAAAAAACAGAACUGUAACAGUUCCUUGAACCUACAGCUACUAGAGCUGCUUUUGGGUUCCAGUAAUAACCCAAAGCAGCCAUUUUUUCUCAUGUGCACACUGCUUUGGUUUUGAGCAUCUGAGAGGCACUGACUUGGCUUGCAUUCUUUUGCUAGGUAUUGCAGCUGAUGUGAAUCUCAUUUGGGGUAAUCCUUGUAAUCCUAAACAAGGAGAUUCAGGUUAACACUUCUGUCAAUCCAUUCUUCUAAAGUGAAAUGUACUUGACACAUUAGGGUUUGUAGCUUUUGAGACUUUUACAUAAAACACUGGCUUUACAGGGUUCUAAGAAAUGUAGGACACACACCAUCCUGCAGUGAAAUAGUACACCCUAGGAUGAUAUUAUUUAAAUUGCCUUUAACCUUUUUUGAUGACAGUUUUUUGGUUGUUAUAAUUUCUUACUAGUAUGUAUAGUCUUAGACCAUUUUAGAUGUUAGAUGUGUUUGUCAGCCUCUUGAAAAUUUGAGAGAAUUCACUGUCAAGUUGCACUUUACUGGGUUUUAUCCAGUUUUAGGAGGAAAGGAGGCAGUGUCAAAAUGUACGCCUUUGGUUUUUAGGAAGGUUAACUUCAGUAAUCUUAAAGGCUAGUCACAGGGUUACCUAAUAGUCAGUCUGUGAAACCCAAUUAGAAUUUUUACAUGCUAUAUUAUCAGCUACUAAGUACACAUGUUCAAGUGACUUAACAUUCACUGAAGCUUUGAAAGUCGUUUCUAAUAAGUUUUUCUAUUUAAGAAUUCUCUUGGUAACCAUUCCAAAUUGUGUUCAGUGUUUCUGUUAACAGAUUUUCCUCCAUGUUCCUCUAAAAAAAACUUACCCCGUGGGCUUGCCGGGAAGCUAGAAGAACUUUUCUUUUUAUUUCAUACAGUACACUUUGUGGGUACACUUUUUAAGAAGUUGUCUUCUAUUACUUACCUGAAGGUCACACCCACCAUCACAUUUUUGUCACUGCUACUGGGGGCAUUCUGUGGAUUGCUAUUGGGAAGAGCCACAGUUCCUUUUCCUAAUACAUCCUGUUUUGGAUGAGUUCGGAUUAUAUGCCCCGAUUCCUGAAAUUCCUUCUAUAGUAUUGCUUUGCAAGUUGAAGUGAUUUUUAGGAUGUUAAUGUAGUGCAGUUGCUUGCAUUGCAGUGUUUUCCAUGUGUACAAAAAACUAUGCUCCUAAAACCCAUAGUUCCUUAAAACUGUGUUUCAUUAUAAGUUGGUUUCGUAUAAUUAUAUUGAGAUAAACAACCUAUAAGGUGAAAUACUACAGGUUUUAAGAUGGGAUCUUCUCUAGUUGCAAUCAUUUUAAACCGUGUGCCCCAGAAUGAAAAAAAAACUCCAAGGGUUACAUGUACAAUCCCAUUUACUAGUGGCUGCUCUACAUAGUAUGUUCUGUGUUUUAUUAAGCAUCUCAGUUUUACAUAUAAUUCAUCAUUAUUGUUUGCCUGCAGAUGUUUGCAGUGCCUUGUAAUAUUUAGAAUCUUUUCAGGUUUUGCUGGAAAGAAAAGUCAUCUUCUAAAGUUUGAAGAUGGGGAAUAGUGUACUGCUGUCUCCAUGCUGACUGCAGUAUCUGGGUUAACAUACAUGUUACAUAUACAUUAUCUAUAUGUAAUGUGUAGAAGUUAAAGCAUACAGAAAAAGGGAGUGUGCAGAAAUGAAGAAAACAAUGUUAUUCACUUUGCUGUGGGGUUUUCUUUACUUUUUUAUUUUUUGUUUGAUUCAGAUUAUAGUCACUUUGAUUGUAAAUAUUGGUUAGUUUUCUAGAGGGGGAUUUGUACUAUUUCUUAAUUUUGCUUAGUUAGAAUAGUGCUGUUUCCGUCCUUGCCUGAAGUACUUUUUCUCUCCCAUAAAUAAUGAAUCAGAUGAUGCUCAGAAGUUCUCUUUAACGAAGAGCCUAGUACAUAUAACAUGCCUUCUGAUCAUUUCUAGAAAGCACGCAAACCUUUUCAUUUUCUUUCUUGUAAUCAACGUAAAGGUUAUGCUUAACCACUGUCUUGUGAAGUUUUCUUGGGAGAUAGUCUGUAUGUCCAGCCGCUCUGUUUACUUCUCCAAGUGCACAUCUGAUGAGCAGCAUUGUGUCUUCAUGUAUGGCAACAUAAGCACUCCACCAUGAAGCACUGCUGUUGUGUCUGUGAAGUUGGGUGUAACAUCCUAAGACUAUGAAACCAUUACUGGUGUAUUCAGUGCAGAUAAACCCUUCAUAUACCUGGAGCAGUCUUGAAUCGAAAGUAAUUUGCUGUAAGUUAACAAAUAAUCCUGCAGUUUUUCAUCUCUUCCUUGCUUCAUUAUCAAGCAUAUGUUCUAAUAGUUUGACAGGAAAACUUAACUGUGAAAGUUUAAAAGGCACUUCCGCUGUGAUUUUUGGGUUGAGUGUAGAGUGUUUUUCUAAAGUUAUAAUGGAAUGUUUGUCAUCUGAAGACCCCAGAUUUAAUUGCAGUCCAGUUACUUUUGUUUAUCUACCUCGUUUUUCAGUACUGUUUUAGGUGCACAAGUAAAUGUUGCCUGUGAAACUUGCUCUUUUGCUUUGAUUCUUUAUGUUGUUUAGAUGCUCAUUCUGGCUUGCCUUUUUGUCCUAGCACUCACCAUGCAUGUGAGAUGAGAGGAGCCAUCAUUCUGCCACCAGUCUGUGUUUAAGUGAUGAGAGCCAUAUACCUAAGUGUUAUAAAGUUAGGGGAUUUGGGGAUGGAAAGCAAAGAGAGAAAUCAAAUUGGUGGUAAUAUAAGACUUAGUGGUGGGAGUUAGUUUUCAAAUAAACAAAUGUUUCAAAUGUAUUGAAGUGAGAUAGUCCCAGUGCCUGAGAAUGCUUUCUCAUCUCGGUUUCUAAAGGGCUAUGGGUUGAAAUUGCUUUAACUACUACAGUGAAAUACUUGACCUCCUAGACCCAUCUUCAAAAUAUUGCCUGGUAUUUACAGUGAUGGUUUGUUAUCUUGAAAUGGCGAAUGCAUUUCAUAGUUGGUAGUAAGGGUUUAGAUAGUUGUUUAUCUAAUCCCUGUAGUUUAUGGAGUUGACUCUCUUUGCUGUAUUUUCUAAGCAUUAAAAAUAAUACAUUCCCUUUUCCCCCUUUUAAAAGAACCCAGCAAAUGUUUGUAACUGGAUAUUUCCUGUUUCACAUGUUUACCAUGUAACAGUACAUUUUUAAUACUAGUAAAUGCUGUAUUUCAGUCAUUGUUUCUAAGUGCAUUCCUGAGGUAUAUUUGCCAUCAAUUCAGUUACCUCAUGUUCUGUUUGAUUAAGAAAAAUCUGAGCCUUCUGAGGUGGUAUGCAAGCCAUUUUCUAGAAUAGAAUGUUUGGUUGGUUUUUUUAUCGGUAGUUUACCAGGGACUUAUUUUGCCUCCCUUUCUUUAGAAGAUGUAAUAGAAAGGUUUGUAUGUAUAGAAAAGGCUUUUGAUUUGGUAACUAUAAUUCUAGGGUAAAUUUUUAAAAUCUAAUCCAGAUUACAAAAUGAAAACACUCAAACAUAGUAAAAAAAAAUCUAAGUAAAAUUAGUAUGUGGUUUAUAUGGAGCCAUACUCUCAGGCCACCCUGGAGAGAAAAAAAGGUCUUCUUUUUGUGUCUAUGAAGGAUAAAUUCAAACAUUGAUCCAGGGACCUUGAUGAGUAAUGUAAAUGGGCCCAAAGUAGUAACCAGGUUAAAGUUCUUUUCCACUAAGAUGGUUGAAAGAGUGUACACAUCAACAGCUUAGAUUCUGGAAGGAUUUCUCUGAAGUAUAACAAUGCAGACUGUUACAAAGCAGAAGUCAGGCAAGAGGACAAGGGAAGGACUAAGCUCUGAAGGGACAAUGCUCUAAAAUGUGCACUAGUCACCCUUCUAGCUUUUUUACAUUGUAUUUCUUUUGAUAUAAUUUCAGAUUUAAGAUUGAGAUUUGUAGCCCAGACCCCUCAGCAGAUACAGUGGAUAUAGUGAUUGAUGAGAAAGUGCAGCUGAAGGUCUGUCAUGCUCAGUCACUUAAAGCUGUAAUUUGUUUAAUACAAAUAGUAAGCAUGUAGACCUAAUGCAGCAUGGGAGCCACUCAGGAAGUUUAUGCAAUUAAACUUUCAUGCAUAUUUACCGUGAAGUAUGUAGAAUUUCAGCCAAUUCUCAAUACUUAACAUUUAGUUAUAUAUGUGAACUCUCCUUUCUUAAUUUGGGAAUGUAGCAUUAUAUAGAAUGCUGUUUAGUUUAAUUUUAGCCCUUUUUAACAUUACCUUUUCUUCUUUUCCUUUUUUUUUUUUUUUGGUAAGCCAAGUGAUCUACCUUUCAGCAGUUGUCUGGUUUUGAUUCUUGA